ACUCAUCCAGAUCCUAAUCCACUGGACCCGUCCGUUCCUUUCUACCAUCUUCACGCCGGUCGCAUCCCACAUAACUUUUCUCUUCACACAUUCUCCCAACCAACAUGGCUUCCCUGAAUGACGGAGUCUUGCCUUUGGAGGUAGAAGCGUUGAAUCGACAAAAUGAUGAACUCAAUGGUAAGUGCGUGAUGCAGUUGAUAUCGUAUUCGUGGCUUGUUUUUAUCUAUAUGAUUUUAAAACGAAUCCUGAGGUUUUUCGGGGCCAUUCUGUCGCUGGAGAUGAAAUGCGAUCCUGCUAGGCGGAGUGCUUUACUAGACUUCAUACAUUGUUAACCCAGCUACAAAAUGAUGUGCUCUUUCACGAUGCUUUUCUGUCUUCCUUCCUUUCUUUUCUUUUCUUAUCUCUCAGCAUGUCGACGUAGCAGACACGGGCUUUGCCUAGCGAUCAUUGGGUUCCAGUUGCGCUUUGGCGUUGUUUGUCUGAUUUGGUCGCUGACUCGAGACCAUGAUAGGCCGACAAUCACAGGGCAGUUUAAUGAAAGCGUCCAUGGGAACAGAAUGGUUUAGGUUUUUUGGAGGUGGACAAAAAAAAGUUACACGAGAUGGUCAACCAGCAAAACGACGGGGCCCAAAACCGGAUAGCAAGCCGGCACUUACCAGGCGCCAGGAAUUAAAUCGUCAGGCGCAAAGGACACAUCGCGAACGCAAGGAACAGUAUAUGCGAGCGCUAGAGACUGAAGUCUCACGAUUACGAGAGGCCUACACACAAGAGAUAUCCGCGGCGAAUUUGACUGUCCACCAACAUCGAGAGAUGGUUCGGUCAUUAUCGGAAGAGAACAAUAUAUUGAAAGAAAUUCUAGCCGCACAUGGCAUCAACUAUGAGGCGGAAGUGGAACGUCGCAAGGCGGAACGCACAAGUCCAACAAACGCAACAUACCAGUCUAGUCCUUUUGCCAGCAGUGUUGGAUCGCAGCCUGCAGCUGUCGCGCAGUCAGCUCCAUCAACUCAGCACGCUUACACGACGCCACCCACGACUAUCUCAGCCCCAUCUUCUAGUUUAAGCCCUAUUGUAAACGGGAUAGAGCACAUCGACGUCUCACCAACCCAAGAGUUAUCACCUCACCAAAAUUGCAAUGCUGCUCCCUGCGAUGCCUUAGCCACUCUUGACCGGAUAGCACCAGCAAGUCGUCAGCCUAAUCAGCCAGCGGGUAUCUUUGAAAAUGAUCCGCAGCUGCAAAUCGACUUUAUUUUGACGCUGGAAUCACCAUGUCGCGAACAUACCGACUAUCUCUGUCGACGAUCUAUUACGGAGGCCGAUGAUGAAGAUAUGCCUUUCUCUGGACACGCAUUAAUGGCUUCCUGUCCGCCACCCAGUUAUAUUGCCAACACAACCCAUGAACAAGCCUACCCACAUCAGACAUAUAAUCUUCCACAUGCCAAUCUGACAACAUUGCUCAACCUGAGUCGACAGCUUGUGACCGAUGGCCAAAUUACACCAAUCAUGGCCCUUCAAUGUUUGAAAAACCAUGAAAUGUAUCGCUCGUUGACCAGAGAUGACAUAAGGAUUAUAAUCGACACGCUCAACACCAAAGUCAGGUGUUAUGGAUUUGGAGCGGUGGUGGAAGACUUCGAGCUCAUGGACUGUCUGAGCAGUGUCAUCGGGACCAGGGUCGAGUUGGGAUUCUCCCGCGCCGGAGAUGAGACGCUGUAUUCAUGAUACCAUGACAUGAGUUAAUAGUUCUUUUACCCCUGACUUGGGGUGGGGGGGGGG